UUGCCUUUUAAGUGAGUCACUUGUUCAAAAACAAAAGCCACAUUCAUAAUUUCACACACACACACAAAAAACAAUGUCAGAAAUCAUGCAAAUACAUCAUGAAGAUCCACCCCAACAACACCAUUCACAACGCAAUUUCCCUAACAAACCAACCCAACAACAUCAACAACAAGAUCCUCAUCAAUAUCGCAUGCACCAAAAAGGUACAUUUCCUCGUUACAAAGCACCAAAUGCUCCAAAACGUGAACAUUGCAUAUGCAUCACAAUCUUCUUCCUCAUACUUGGCAUCAUAAUCUUAAUCUUAUGGCUUGCUUACCAUCCCUCAAAACCUCACAUCACAAUAACAAGUGCUUCAAUCUAUGGCCUCAAUGCAACUUCACCACCAUUCAUAUCAAUCACAAUGCAAUUCACAAUCUUCAUAAAAAACCAAAACAAACAUGUCUCUAUUUACUUCGACCGUCUUUCAACAUACGUGUCGUAUAGAAACCAACCCAUUACGCCGCGUGUUAUGCUUCCGUCGCUUUACUUGGAGAAGCGGGGAACCGUGUCGUUGUCACCGGAGAUAGGAGGCGUGCCGGUGGCGGUUUCGAUUGAUGUGUUGAAUGGUUUUGGUGUGGAUGAGAAUUAUGGAGUUGUGGGUGUGAAAUUGAUAUUGGAAGGGAGGUUGAGGUGGAAAAGUGGUGAGAUAAAAUCAGCACAUUAUGGAUUGUAUAGUAAGUGUGAUUUAUUGUUGGGUUUGAAGAAAGGUGUUAUAGGUCAGAUUCCUCUGCUUGGGACUCCGGUAUGUGUUGUGGAUACAUGAAAUUGCGGUUAAAGUUACACUACAAAUUCAAUUAUAGUUGCAAUGGCGUUAUAAUUGUUGUUGGGAAAUGCAAUUUAAAAUCAUGAUUACUUUUUUGUGUAUGUUUUAUAUAUUAAUGUGUGCAUCUUAGUCUUUUUA